AACAAACACGUUCUUACCUCCCGUCACAAUGGCUGAUUUCAGCCAUCCUGUUAUUCUUCUUCUCACAUGGCUUUUUCUCAUUCCUUCGGUACUUUCUUAUCAAGUCCCUGUGGUGGAUACAGAUUACUCCCGUCAAAUAUGUAGCGGUAUGUGGGGAAGCCAGUCGACAUAUAUUAACGUCAGCUUCGAUGCUACUUCUCAGGGAAAUGUGGCAAUGGUUGUGUACGAAUGGGCAGAUGCAGAGUAUCUCGGGAAAGUCACCUCGCCUGCAGACGCUCUAUUGCCCAAAACCUACGUGUGCACCUCGAGCGCAGUCGUUGGAGGCUUCUGCACUGUGAGCGAGCUAGGACGGUUUAUACUUGAUCUUCCUUCCGGGAAGUCAAUAAAUGAUACUUCAUUCUGGUCGGCGAGGGUCCAGCUACCUCGGACGUCGGAUACAAAUGCAACUUCUACUUCCGCAGAAUUUUGGGCAAAUGCUCCUGGCGGAUUACCUAGUAUCCCUCCCUCUGCCAAUGAUGAAACUGUAACACCCUGGCGACGCCACUCCUCAGAAGUUGUUCCUCGAGAUUCCCUCAACCCUAGUCCAAACGGGAUUCAUUUGUACGCGGAACCCAUACAGUAUCUAGUACGGAAAACGGGUUACUAUUGUGUCGCUAUCGUUCCUGUCACUGUAAGGAAUUCAGCCACCUCCGUCAGAGCUCCUACGGAUGUGCCUUACCAUCCAUCGUACAACGGGCUUGUGUUUUUUCAAAACACCUUUGACGGUCAGUUGCCUGCAACUGAUUAUCCUAAAGUCACUUUUUAUUUCGUUAUGUUUCUGGUGUACGCAACGUUCGCUGGUGCAUGGGGAUGGCUAUGUUAUAAGCAUGUUCAAGAACUUCUACCGAUUCAGUACUAUCUUUCUGGUUUGGUUGGGUUACUUGUCAUCGAAAUGAUUGCAAAUUGGGGUAGGGUUAAAUCCUACAUCUGCUUAUGCUUCACUAAUUCUUUAGUGUACUACCGUUAUCUCAACGCUCACGGGAAAAGCACAGCCUCUACGGUGUUUCUGAUAGUCGUCGCUAUCCUGGAUGCCGGAAGAAACUCCAUGUCUUUCUUCAUGUUGCUUGUGGUAUCCCUAGGUCUAAGCGUGGUCCGCGAAUCGUUAGGCCGGACGAUGAUCAAAUGCCAAAUACUCGCCGGUGCCCAUUUUAUAUUUGGAAUACUAUAUGCUGUUGGAAUUGUGGAACUCGAGCUAGAGUCGACCUCGGCGCUUGUCUUAUUGCUCUUUGUAAUUCCGUUGGCCUUCACUCUCAGCGGAUUCCUUUUGUGGAUCAUGUAUUCCUUGAAUGCAACGAUUGCGCAGUUGAAAGCCCGUAAACAACGCUAUAAGCUGCUAAUGUUUGAGCGAUUAUACCGCAUUCUUCUUUUAACGGUGGUUGUGAUUGCCAUAUUCUUUGUCGUAUCUUCCUUCUCUUUCUCGGGCAGACUGGCUGAAGAUUACGCCGCAAAGUCAUGGAAAGUCCGCUGGUGGCUUCUUGAUGGCUGGCUGGCUUUACUUUACCUUUUCGCCUUCGUAACGAUAGCCUAUCUCUGGCGACCAUCUGAGAACAACAGAAGAUAUGUAUUACUUUUUUCGUGUGGUGCACUUACUUAUUGGCCUGGGAUGUCUACGUUAGCGAUGUCGGAUGAAAUUGCUCAAGACGAAGAAGAUGCUGAAGACUAUGACAUGGAAGCUCUGGAAAGUCGCACCAGAGCUCGUGAGGACGACGAGGCGACACUAGUGGGCGCAACGCGAACCGUAGGCGGUGUCACAGAGGAUAGCGUUGUCUUUGAAAUCGGUGAUGAAGAAGGAGGGAGCGACGAUGAAGAUUCGCCGACCAAAAAGCGAUACUCGCAGCGGCAUUCUACUGAUGGCCAUGAUGGAGAAGACGAACGGCGGGGUCUUAUGAACGGUGGCGAACAAAGGAAUCGAGAUGAUUAA